GCGUGCGGCUGUGCGGUUGCCAUGGAGACUGGGCUCAGCGUCCUGACUACAGCAGUCGCGCGAGGACAUUCUGAGCAGCGGAGAUCCGGGGAGACCGAACGCGAAGACCCCGCUCCCAGCGCGCAGCUAUAGCUAUUUCGUCUUAUUUUUAAAGAUGGACCAAGGAAAAGGCAGCCCAUCGAGUGCAACACCAGAUACUGAAAAGGAGGUUUUAAUUAGUGAAAGGACAGACAAGGGAGAAUCCCUUAUCUUGUCCAGCGAGCAGGACAUUGUGCAGUCACAUCCACAAGCAGAAACUGAGGAUCCAUUACACCUACAAGAAGGUGCAACUGUUCCUCAACGCCAAGAAAGUGGCAUUGAGUCUUUGCAAAUUCCAGAGGAAAAUGCAGCCCAUCACACUACUGAUAUUGGGCAUAUUCCACCUCAAGAGGAAGGAGAUAAGUCUAGUGGAUCUCAUGCAGUGGUCAAUACGGUUUCUGUGACGCAUGAAGAUAUUACAACUUUGUCUGGGCCCCAGGAAGAAGACAGUGUGCCAAAUAUACACAAUGUUCUGACAUCUCUGACCCAAGAGGAAGGACAUGCACCUUCAUUGUCUCAUUCUGAUUCAGAAGGUACCAGUCAAUCAGAGGUGCAAGAAGGUGGUAUUACUGUUCAUGAUAAAGCUGCAUGUUUGUUACCUCCUGAAGAAACUACAGUUCCUGUAAUGCCCAAUAAAGUGGACAAUACACAAUCACUUCACCUGGAUAAUGCUACAGCUGUCCCUUUACCUGUAGAAGAUGGCCUUGGUUCCAUUUCUUCUACAGAGAAAGAGACAUCACCUGCUGUGCAGCAUGAAGAGGUCCAUGUGGAACUGAGAUCCACAUCUCCUUCUCCAGAGCAUCUGGAAGUGAGUGCCACAUCAUCAGAGCAGAUAAAUGAAAAAUUGCCCUUUGAGCACUUACAGAAUAACAUGGAGGUUCCGCUUACCACCGAGCAGCCUCCUCUGGAGGAAGAUGAUACUGCCCAGCCUCCUGAAUCUCCUAAGGAACAAGCCUCCUUGUCAAGCCAUCCUACAGAUCUACUUCUGAUGAACUCACAAGAUGCAGCCAGCUCUGUGGAGACCCCCGAAAAGGGGGUGGAUGUAAGCAAGGUCCUUAUAACAGAGGUUCUCCAGACCACCAGCGAUAGACAACCCGCCAUUCCGGUGUACGAAGACCCCUUUGAACGUUCUCUGAAGUACAUGGAGAAGCACAACAUCCUGCAGCUAUUUCAGGAGAUAACUGAAGAUUUGGUCUUCGAGAAACCAGAAGAUCCUUUGGAAUUUAUGUUGGAAAAGGUGCAGUCUAUGAUCGGCAGCAAGAAGGACCAGUAAUAACGAUGUCAUCACCGGACAAGCCGUUUACAUGAGAUUAACCUAGCUGCUAGUCUAUGGACAAUGACUGUGAAUAGAUUGCGGACUGUGCCAGUAAAACUGGAUCACUUCUUCCACUAAUAAACGGUUGGCGUUAUCACAAUGGUGAAGUUGUAAAUGCAUAUCACAAACGUAGCGCCUCCUACUGGAUUAGAGAAGGACAGCGAGUGAAUAACAUAGAUUGAGCAUCUCUCUUUCUCUCGUUCCUGCUCUCUCUUAGUCUUUCUCCAUCAAAUUGUAUUACAUUUUUCCUCAUUUUUUCUACUGAUACCAUAGCAAUUUCAACAAUUCCCAUCGCUAAUGUUUCUUCUACCUUUUAUUUUGUAAUUAACCUGUUACAAUUAAUGUAUGGUCCCAUGGGCCUUGGCCAUUCUUCUCGUUUGAACCAGUACAUACCAUCUCCAUCUAUUGCCUCCACAAUGACUAUUAACACCGUUUAUACCAUGAGCACUGCUAGAACUUUAACAGGUACAAUUAUUAUCAUUAGCAUUGCUACCAUACGGAUUUCAUAAGCCAUGUUGAAAAUGGUGAUUCUCCUUAGUUUUAGUUAAGCUCCAAAAUAGGCACGCACAGUUCAAGAACUUCUCAUUGCUCCUGACUUGCCUCAGGUAGAGAAACAGCCAUUAACCUUGGUGAUUUAGAACCGAUUCCUAUUUUUUUGGGCCUUUGACACGCUAGCAAGUGAACAUUGCCUGUCUAGAGCAAGAAAAUGAUAUUUAUACCUUGAGCUACUAAAAAGUACAAACGUAUGUAAAACUAAAAUGAAAAAGGGGACUUUAAAACCCAUUGUGUAGCCCCCGAGGAGUCCUGAUCAUUAUCCUGAAUUCCGGCUUUUGUACAGUUCACUCGAGGAUGACUUUCAGAGGAUUGAGUGGCACAGAGUACCCGCUGCGCUCUCUCAUACAGGCAUCUCGUUUUAUUUAUAUAAUCAUGUAUAAUGCAUUUUAACCUACUGAUUCUGUGCUGCUCUUCGCAUCUGAAAACACAUCUCCUGCUGAUGGUCCUUCCGACAGAGUGUUUAAUCAUGUAAUCAUGUGUUGCUCUAAUUGUCUUAUGUUACCUUACUAUGCAAACAAGGCAUCUGAUUUUGCAAUUUUAUGAUUGGCAGUUUAUUACCACAUAAAUAUAUGCAGUAGGACAUGUCAAGAAGAGUGAUUAUGGUGGUAUAAUUAUGCAUCUUAUUAGCAGUGUAGUUAAGUUCUGCUGCCGUUUGCCAUAGAAGCGAUAGAACUAUGUUUAUUCUUAAGGUGCACUCGUCAUGAUAAUAGCAGUGACCACGUUUACAUUGUGUACAAUAUAUGAAUCUAUUAUGUGGGGUUUAUUCUCUAAACAGUUAAGUUGGCAAACAAAUAGCUACAUUUAGGACUCACUUGAUGAUCUGCAAAGAAGGCACAGCUCUGUUGUCACUCCAUCCCACAUUUGCACAGUGCCUCCAAGUUAAAUGCAAUCUAGCAGGUCCGAAUAUAAUUAGAUCAUGAGUCAGAUCUGCCACGUCUACGACUUAAUUAAUUAAAUACAUUUCUUCAUUAA